GUCAGAUUAGGUUAGUCAAUAGUGAUCAGUAUCGGUAAAAAAAAUUCGACAUUGGUAUCAAUGUGCAAUUGGAAAAUAAAUUGAUUUAAUAUUAAAUGGAAAUCAUAAAAAUCGAGAAUUCGUAUAAAAUAAAUUCGAUGGAGAACGAAAUUACAUGAAAUCGUUCUGAUCUGUUAUGAUAGGUGACAUAUUUGUUAAUAAGGAGUAUGGAAUAAAUAAAAAUGUUCGUAAAAGACCCCUGCGGCAUUGUAUGCAUAAUAGUGACCUAUGUUGCUGUGUUUUAUGCAGAUUACGUCGUUGUACGUUGGGUUAUCUUACACAGUUUACAAGACAGUUUAUGGGGCCCCUUUCAUGUAGUGGCUUUCAACACUGUUGUAUUGUUAUUGAUAAUGUCACACUUGAAGGCAGUCUGCAGUGAUCCUGGUAUUGUACCAUUACCGCAAAGUCGCAUGGAUUUUUCUGAUAUUCAUACAGAUAACUCAGAGGCAAAAAUUGAAUGCGAUGAAAGAGACAAUUGGACUGUGUGUACUAGGUGUGAAACUUAUAGACCUCCUAAAGCUCAUCAUUGUAGAAUUUGUAAACGAUGCGUUAGAAGAAUGGAUCAUCAUUGUCCCUGGAUAAACAACUGUGUGGGAGAAAGAAAUCAAAAAUACUUUAUCCAGUUUCUGAUCUAUGUUGGAAUGUUGGCCAUCUAUGCACUAGGUUUGGUGAUCACAUCGUGGGUUUUAGAAUGUUCUCGGUGCAGUAAUGAUAUCGCUGUCAAACAGACACGCAUCUUACACUGUGUUAUAUUGGUGUUGGAAUCAGCAUUGUUUGGCAUGUUUGUCAUCGCAGUACUGGUAGACCAAUUUCUAGGUAUUCUGGGAGAAGAAAACUCGAUGGAACGUGUGCAAAGCAGUCAUCAUUAUAAAAGAAACAGCUCGCGUACUUUUUUGUUAUUGUCUCAGGUUUGUGGUAAGAGUCAUCCAAUCCUGUGGAUGCUACCUUGCCAAAACGCACCAAGAUAUACUUUUAGAAAAGAUGCGUACCUGAUCGAUCAUGAAGUAUAAGCACACACAUAAUUAAUUCUUGAGUAAUGACUGCUUUUUUCAUGGCUUUCUAUGCCAUGAAGUAUUUUUUUAGGUUGUUAUUGCAGUAGUCAAUAAUUAUCUGUUAUUUAAUGCGUACAAGGUGCAAUUCAUAAUACAUUGAAAUAUUUUAUAUAAUACACUUAAAGAUAUCUUUUUAUUGCUUGAAAUUGAAUGUCUUAUUGAAUUUUAUAAUCUUUUGAGUGAUGCUAAUAUAAAAUAAUGGAAAACGUCAUUUUGUGAAGUAACAGUUUUUAUAAAUGUUAUAUAUUAUUAGUAUCUUAUUUCAAUGUUAUAUUAUUAUGUUUUUAUUACAUGAUAUUAAUCAUAAUAAUACAAAAUGAAUUAAAUCAAUGAACUAGAUCAAUGUAUUGUGAAGCAUUAAUUUUCAAAUCAUUCCAUAAAAUUAAGUAAGUCUGCAUACAGUGUAAAAAUUAUGAGUUUAGUGUUAACCUUUUAGAUACGAUACGCCACUAUAGUGGCUUCCGCGGAUAGCAUCAAUUGGAACGGUACGCCACUAUAGUGGCCUUCCGCUGAGACUCUAUUUUUACGGAGCGUUACUAUAGUGGUUUUCAUGGAUAGCACCAAUUUGGAAAAUAUAUAAAGAAAUUAUAAUUUAUUCGUUUAGAACUCUGUUCUCAAGUAAUGUCAUAGUGGAAAUCAUCAUGAACGGUUUUUGUGCCAUCCGCGGCCAGACUCGCCGUCCCAGGGGUACCCACUUGCGGACGAGCGCGACGCCGUAUCUAAAAGGUUAAUAUAAUUGAAUUGAGUAUUAACAAUUACAAUUAAUGAUAAUAUUUUAACAAUACUUGCAAAUAUGCGAAUCUAGAAGAAUUUUUUAAUAUACUGAUACGAAAUUUUUAUUAUAAAUACGCGUCUUUAGGGUACAUGGUGCAUUGUUUCAAUAUGUAUAGUCUUUAAUUUUAGUUGCUCUAUUGUUUAUAGAUAUCGGCAAAAUUUAUUUGCAUUUAAACUGUGCAAAAUUAUCUUAAUACACAUUUUUUUUUAAUGAUAUUUAUGUGUAUCAUGGAAUUAUACAGUAAAUGUAGUACAGUGUUAUGAAAGGGGAAUAAGGGUCAAAACAGUUUUAGAUUCGAAAGUUUAUUUUGUUUUAUGUACAAAAAAAUCGUUUAUUUCACAAAUAGAUUUUAAAGACAAGCAGCCAUUAAGCCAGCAACAUUCUCAAAAUCUAUUUUUUCUGUAAUAUUUUUUGUUUUUAUAUUUUCGUCUUGAUUUGCGAUAAAGAUAAUCGUUUUACUCUCUUCCUUCCAUCCAUAUUUUUUUACCCAGUGUUUCAGAGUAUUAUCUGAAAUUACAUUUAUGUAACAAAAGUGCUAAUUUAUAAUAUUUCCAUUUUUCACACAAACAAAUAUUACCAUCAACACCGCCAAGUAGUUGUGCCAGAAGACUUUUUUCUAUUGUUUGAAAUGUUAUUCCCACUACAUGACAAACAAAUUUUCUUACUGAAUCUUGGAAUCCUACAAUUUUGUCACAAAGAUCAGCCAUUGAAAGAACUCUAUCCCAAAAGUGCUGAAAGUCGCACUGUUCUAAAAUAUCUCCUAAGUACAUAAUUUCAUUAAUGGGGCUUUCUUGCAUCUAUAAAAAUAAUUAAUUUAUUAAUUUUAUUAAUAAUAAAUAUAAUAUUUAACAAGAUAUUUAUUUAAAAGACAUAUAAAUACUUUGAACUUUUCAUAUAUAAAAUAAUUUUAAAAGUAGAGACUGAUUUGUAAUAGAUAUUAAUUAAUUUCUUAAAAAAGUCAAACGUAACAUGUAUUUUAAAUAUGUGUGCAUUAUAAGACAAAUUAAGUUACAUGUCAAUUAUUAUACUUCUUCAUUUAAAAAGGUUGUAUUUAUUAAAUAUUUAUCAUAUGAAUAAUAGUGGCAGCUAUUUAUGAAAGUAUAAAAAAUAUAUUUAUAAAUAAAUAACUUACAAUUCUUUCACUGAGAAGACAUUUGCAAAGAACGAAAUCAGUAUGUGGAAGAUUUGUCAGAGCUUUUAACAAUAUCUGACAAGUAAUAUCCAUGUUGAAUCUAUGAGGAUUCAAUUGAUAAAGCUUUAAAACUGCUAAAUUAGCUUCUAAGUCAUAUGCAUUUUCUCUGGAUUGUAUUUCAACAUAUUUUUCAAGAGUUGCUAAAUGAUCUGGAUUAUACCUGAAAUUGUAUUUGUUUUAGGUAAUAAAACAAAAUAAUCAUAACUAACAGACACAUAUUUCUUAUAUAUAUGAAUGUAUGAAACUCAGAAUGUAUAUAAGAAUUUAGUGCCUCCAUCCUAUUUAAUGCAAAAAUU